ACUGUUAAUCCUUCUGUCACUCAAAGAAUGCCUUGCUGGUGAGGCGCCAACUCCAGUCGCCUUUCAUGGCACACCUGAAAGUGGUCCACGACCAACUCGCGCCGCAUCCCAGCAUCAACAGGGGGAGGGGGCGGCUGCAAGGGUGGUGGAUGAGUAGGAGGGGCGGGAGCCUGUUCCGCUUGGAUGGCCGGCACAUUUGAGGUUGGUCCGGGGAGACUCAACAGACAGGGCUCUUUCUUUUUCCCUGAGCCCACCGGCCGUCAUCGUGCGCCCCGCUACUCUCCUUUCCUCUCCGCUCCUCUACGGGAGGUCGACCUCUGUGCAUUGAGCAGUAAGGACAACCGACACAUCACUUUUCCAGGCUGUGAGAACACAUUCAACUCCGCCACUGGGAGACACUGACGGAGAGGGAGGCUGUGGGAUGGAGACAUAGUAUACUGCCACACACAGCCGCGCAGCCCCUCAAAUGUAGCGCACACGCUGAAGAAAGGGAAACAAUACUGCGCACAAAACCUGGAUCAUUGUGGCACUGGGUAGAAUGCCUCUCUAGUGACCGAAUACGGAUUUAACUGAGGCUGUCAAAUUCCGGCGCAAAAUUUGCACAAAGCAGAUUGGAAUCACAAAACAGUCCAAAUUGGAUUCCAUACAUCUGUGACUGGAUGUGAGACUGUCUUGACCCUUUAAAAUUGAAGAUGAUGUUACUAUGGAAACUACUGGUGCUGCAGUCACUCAUGGGGUGCCUUGCAGUGAGCACUCUCCUGCAGAGUCCGGUAUUCACCAAACAGCCUGGUAGCAUUGUGUACCCUGUGGAAUCCAUGGAAAAGAACAGAGAGGUGGUAUUCAGCUGUGAAGCGCAGGCGAGUCCACCUCCUGUCUAUCGAUGGAAACUUAAUGGCACAGAAAUCAGUCCCAAAUCAGGAUCUCACUACAGUUUAUCUGGAGGCAACCUCAGAAUCAGUCAUCUGAACAAAGACCAAGAUGCUGGAACAUAUCAGUGCCUCGCCUCCAAUGCUUUUGGGACCAUCGUCAGCCGAGAGGCCAGCCUAACAUUUGCAUACCUUGAAAAUUUCAAAACCCACAGAAGAAGUUCUGUUUCGGUCCGAGAAGGUCAAGGAGUGGUUCUGUUAUGCGGCCCACCACCACAUUCUGGAGAUCUAGAAUUCUCCUGGAUUUUUAAUGAAUACCCAACAUUUGUGAAACAAGAUACUCGUCGCUUCAUUUCGCAAGAGACAGGGAACCUCUACAUUGCUAAAGUAGAGCCUUCCGAUGUGGGAAACUACACCUGUGUCAUUACCCAUCCUGUCACAAAGGCUCGUGUCCAGGGCCCACUCACCCCACUCGUGCUCCGUAAUGAUGGUGUGAUGGGUGAAUAUGAGCCAAAGAUUGAAGUCCAGUUUCCUGAAGUUGUUCACAUUGCCAAAGGAUCCACUGUCAAGCUGGAAUGCUUUGCACUGGGAAACCCAGUUCCUUCGAUAAACUGGAGAAAAGUGGAUGGUGUUCCUUUCCCAAGGAAAGUGGAUAUAAGGAAAGCAAGUGCUGUUUUGGAAAUCCCAUACUUCCAACAGGAAGAUGCUGGCACAUAUGAGUGUGUUGCUGAGAAUUCCAGGGGAAUUAACACAGUGAAAGGAAAGCUGUCUUUUUACGCUCCUCCCCAUGUCAUUGAGAAACCUCAAGAUGUCCAGAAGCUCAUUGACGCCUCGUUGGUGUGGGAAUGUAAAGCCACAGGAAAGCCAAAACCGUCCUAUAGGUGGAUGAAAAAUGGAGAGAACAUAGAGCCUGCAGAGGAGCGCAUACAGGUGAACAAUGGAGCACUGUUAAUCAGUCGCUUGACCCUGUCGGACACCGGAAUGUACCAGUGUGUUGCUGGGAACAAGUAUGGUGAGGUCUACUCCAAUGCAGAACUCCGAGUUAUCGCUGUUGCUCCAGAUUUUUCUCAUAACCAAUUGAGGAGCCAGACAUUGGUCAAGGUUGGAGGUGAUAUGCUUAUUGAGUGCAAACCCAAGAUGUCUCCAUGGGGUGUGAUCUCUUGGAGGAAGGGCAGUGAACCACUGGAAGAAAGUAAAAGGGUUUCCAUUCUGGAAAAUGGUAAUCUUCGCAUAUGGAACGUAACCAAAUCAGAUGCUGGACCCUACACCUGCAUGGCAAGGAACCAGUUUGGUGUGGCCAGUAGCACAGGAAGCGUCACAGUUAAAGAGCCCACUGUCAUCACCACUCAACCUGCAACCUUGGACGUUACUGUUGGGGAGAGUGUGGUCCUACCUUGUCAAGUGAGCCACGAUCCUUCAUUGGAACUCAAGUUCACCUGGUUCUUUAAUGAGCAGCUCAUUCACUUCGGCAACCAUGGAGGAUUUUUUGAGGAAGUGGGCGGUCAGCAUUCGGCAGGAGACAUUAUGAUUCGAAACAUCCAGCUGAGGCAUGCUGGGAAGUACACAUGUGCUGUGCAGACCAAGGUGGACAGUAUAUCUGUUGCUGUUGACUUGGUUGUCAGAGGUCCCCCAGGCUCCCCUACCAGCAUCCAAGUAGAAGAAAUCACAGAUACCACAGUGACUCUAUCCUGGAGGCCUGGUGCUGAUAAUCACAGUCCAAUUACCGCAUACACCAUCCAGGCCAGGACACCAUUUUCCCUCGGGUGGCAGGCUGUCUCCACAGUUCCUAAAGUUGUAGGGGGCCACCGUCUGACAGCAACUGUAAUUGACCUGAGCCCUUGGGUGGACUAUGAGUUUCGAGUGCUUGCCAGCAACACCAUUGGGACCGGCGAGCCCAGCAAGCCAUCCAAACAAGCCAAAACAAAGGGGACUUCUCCGAAGGUCACACCAGCUAGUGUGAGUGGUGGCGGUGGGAGUCGUUCAGAAUUAGUGAUCACGUGGGAGCCUGUUCCAGAGGAGCUACAAAAUGGACCGGGGUUUGGCUAUGUCGUGGCUUUUCGACCCCAUGGUGCCACAGGUUGGAUGCAGGCUGCUGUACCUUCCGCGGAGACCUCCAGAUAUGUCUUCAAAAAUGAAAGCAUCCAGCCAUUUUCACCCUUUCACGUGAAAGUCGGCGUGUACAACAACGAGGGAGAAGGUCCAUUUGGACGCGUCACCACAAUUUACUCUGCAGAGGAAGAACCUGGCCGAGCACCCACGAGGGUACGUGCCAAGAGCCUCUCAGCGUCCCAGAUUGAAGUUUCAUGGAAAGCUGUUCCCUGGAGUGCCAGUAAGAAAAGAGUUCUGGGCUAUGAGUUGAGAUACUGGAGUCGACGGGAAAAGGAAGACACAGCCAAUGUGCAAAGAACUGUGGGAAAUCUGACAUCAACUAUUAUUCACGGUGUAAAAGGCAGCACCACAUAUUACAUCUCGGUGAGGGCAUACAAUACUGCAGGAGCUGGUCCUCCCAGCACCACUGUCAACAUUACCACCAAAAAACCACCUCCAAGCCAGCCUCCUGGUAAAGUGAUGUGGAACACAUCAAACUCCAAGAUCAUUUUAAACUGGGAGCAGGUUAAAGCCCUGGAGAAUGAGUCGGAGGUCACAGGUUAUAAAGUGUUGUACAAAAAGAACCAACACAGCAAUCCCAAUGUCAUGGAGACAAACACAACCUCGGUUGAGCUCUCCCUACCCACUGACGAGGAUUAUAUCAUUCAGAUAAAACCAUUUGGUGAGGGAGGGGAAGGCAGCAGUAGUCGACAGAUCACCAUCCCAAGGAUACCAGGUCCCAAUGCAGUCGGCUCUGCAUCCAAGGUCUCUACUCUAUCAGCCCUCAGUACAAUAGCUCUGUCUUUCACAGCUCGGACAUCUUUAUGACGAACAGCUCCCAGCAGACCUUGCAUUUGAAGUGGAGACCGUCUACAUGGGAACAUGGACACAGACCUCUCUGGUGUAACUAGACCCAUUCAUUUUGUUUUCGAGGCUAUAGGAAUACACCAAUGAAAAUAAAAACACAAAACACAUCAUGUAAGGUUGUCCCCAGUGACAGCUUGGCUACGAGAGGAAAAUGUACAGAUGUCAUGACUAUGUUGUUACCAAAGCAGCUUUCAUAUGAAGAGGAGAAACAAAAUGUUGUGUAUGCAUCUUUUUGUACGACAGUCCUAGCUUUACGUUUUUUGGGUUAUUAUUUUUAAUGUUGCAGUCGAAGCAUUUUGGGGUGACAACAGUAUACCAGAUCCAAAUUUACCGCCAGGUGGUUAAGAAGAGAAAACAACCGCUUAAUUUUCAACUCAUUGCAUAUAUUUCUCACCCUCUUAAGUUCAGUUCAUUAACCUAUCCUAUACUUUCCUAAAUAAGAUGACUUGCAUCACUUUCAUCUCUCUCUCUGUCCAUUAAUAACACAUGCCAAUGCUUUACCAAGUCGAUAAAGUGUGUAAUCCAAUAAAGUGUCCAAUACAAAAAAAUGAUAAUUUGAUAAGAAUUACUUUACAAUAUUAACAUACAUUUGCAUUCAUCAAUGCAAGUCAUCUUCAAAAUGACAAUUGCUCAAAUUUCAGAUCACAACACCUUUGGAAUGCACCUUUAUAGCAAAAAGGGUUGGCAUGAAAGGAAUUUUCUUAUGUCAUCUUUGGUAACUGAAGACCUCUUCAAGUCAAAAGACAUCCUUCAAUCCAUCGUUUUGACAGCUGGCACCACCAGCAGCAUGCUGUCUCCUCUUGGGUCCUCUCAUUCACUGGUGUUUGGAUCCUUGUGGCUGUUCCAUGCUCCUCUUUAUUUGGGUUAGCCCAGUGUGAAUAGCAAUUCUUUGCCUUCUGUGUGCCUCAUCAUAUCUUCAAAAUCCUCAGGUCCUUCAAGAGCCUUAACUUAUCAUAAUGUAUAUUGAGGACAGGAGAAUGGUAGAAAUACGAUGCAGCUGCAGUGACGUUUACAUGCUGCUGUAUUGACUGACACCGGAUGUUACAGGGGCGAGGGCAAACGCGGGGCGGGGGUAAUAAGCGGUUUAGUUCUGUUGGGUGAUUUCGGCAAUAUGAGGCCUCGUGCAUUUUUAUAGUCGCGUGUUCUGAAGACAAUGCUAAAUGACAAUGCUGCUAAUCUUUCCUUUUCCCCGCCCAUAGUCAAGUGAUGCCAUGUGGAUCAGCUGCGCAGAGGUGCUAUGCAGCCUGUAUGUAGCUCUUAGGGAAGUGUAACUGUAGGCACCUGGCAGAAUCAUGCAUCAGUGAACAUGUAAUAUACUGUUUUGUACACUUCAAAUCAUUUGUAUGAAAAAAAAAUCUUUCUAAAAAGAUGCCGUACUUGGUUUUUAUGUAAAAUUCAGUUUCAUACUGUUGCUAACUGUUGCUCAGCAUGACUGUGCAUACUUAAUCUUCUCGCUCCUGACAAAGUGACUUAACAGCUUCAGGAACAUGCAGCAUUCAUAUGGUUCGUGCACGGUAGAGGUUUGUGUAUAUUGUACGUGUACCCUGACAUCUGAAAAAUCAUUAGCUCCAAGUCCAUCCUCCUGUCUAAGUCAGCCUCUCAGACAUGUUGUGUCUGCUCAACACGAGGGCUUCCUCUCUUGCUUUGUUGUUUAU